GCGGGGAACGCGAGCCCUCCCGUCGCGGCUCCGGACGCGGACUCCCCGCCGCUGCCGGGCCCCGGCCGCAGCCAGGAAAAGUUGGGGCGGACUGAGAGCCUGCGUGUGGCGGGCGGGAAGUGCGGGUGCCGGGCGGACUCGGGGGUCGGAGGGACGCGACUUAGGCCUGCUCCUCCCCUGGGUUUUCCAUCUCAUCAACCCAGCGGCCAGAGAGUUCCUUUGACACCCAUCCACCUCUGUCUCAACCCUGGGUCUAAUUAUUCACCAAGUCCUGCCAGUUCUGUCUGAUUGUACAUCUCAUUGUCAUCUCCCAAGUUCAAGGCAUCAUCUCCCGCUAUGAGGAAACAGGCUCAGGGCUAUUGGGUAACUGGCCCAAGGUCACAGAGGAUGCCAGGGUUCCAGCCUGCCAGCCCAGGCUGGUUGCCUGCUUCUCAUAGACUCUGUGAGGGAUGUGUGCGCAUGCACACGCGCGUGUGUGGACUGGGUUGCAAAAUCUCCGAGCUGCAGCCACAAUAACCUUUCACACUGCAAAUUGGAUGAUGCUUCUCCUCUAUAGCAGGGUCCCAUACUCUUAGGACAGUGUGCAGUCUGUGUGGUGACACAUCUGUGCAGCCUGACCCCUGCCGGCCUCUUGAGCCUCACAGCUCGUCCUGUCUCCCAGGCUUGGAGACCCCUUGGAUCCUCUGCAUGUGCUCCCAUGACCUCAGACUCAGCGAGGCCCUUCAGGAUCUGCUCCCAUGAGAAAACUCAAAAGUCACCUCUACUGGAAAUCGGUUUGCCUUGAAACUAUAGAAACAGCAGUUCCUAAAGUUGAAGAAAAGUUCUCUACACAAGAGGUUCUGCAGCUUGAGCAGAGGAGUGUGAGCCUUCCUUCAGAGCCCUCUCUGGACCUGCCCUCCUCGCAGCCCCUAGGGAAGAUGCGGCAGCUCAAAGGCAAGCCCAAGAAGGAGACGUCCAAGGACAAGAAGGAGCGGAAGCAGGCCAUGCAGGAGGCCCGGCAGCAGAUCACCACGGUGGUGCUGCCCACGCUGGCCGUGGUGGUGCUCCUCAUCGUCGUGUUCGUGUAUGUGGCCACGCGCCCCACUGUCACCGAAUGAGCACCAGGGGAGGGGGAAAGCAAAAGAAAAAUGGCUUUCGUAUUCAGAGAUUUGCCUGAUGCUGAGCUCCAGGCAGGAGCGCCCUGUCUUCUCUGGUCUUUGACUUUAUUAAAGUUUUUCCACUUUUCUCGGGAGGGAAUAGGGAGCAUUUUAUCAGUGAAUGUGCCAUACACCUUAUGGUCCACUUCAUGUGCCUUUCAGACUGCCAAGCCGUGUGUGUGUGUGUGUGUGUGUGUGUGUGUGUGUGUGUGUGUGUGUUUCUUUUUCUCUCCCAAAAUUGCUCUGUAGCUCUACCCGGUGAGAGGAGGAACCCCUGAAUCAUGACUCAGUUGGAAUCAGUGCUCAUCCCAUCCCCACUGAUUUGAACAUGACUCUUUUCCUACAUGUGUUCACAAUUUCCAAAGGGACUGUAUUUCUUCUUGUUGCUUAAUGUGAUUUGAGAUAUGUCGACUCAAAAGUGAAAUAUUUAUUUUUUGAAUAAAGGAGAUAAUAGCCUUC